UUUCAUGUCCCCCAAACUCUCCUAUAUAAACAUACCAAUUAACUUCUUUCUUAAAACCAAACAGAGCUUCAAAGAAAAGAAAAGAAAAGAAACAAUCCUACAAAAUAAAUUACAAGAGAAAUUCUAAAUCGAUAUCAUGACGAAGCAAAAAAUUGUUAUUAAGAUGCAACUGAGUAGCGAUAAAAAUAGAUCAAAAGCCAUGCAGAUUGCUUGUGUCGCAGAAGGUGUGACCUCAGUGGCAAUAAAAGGGGAUAGUAUAGAGGUAAUUGGAGAUAUUGAUUCAGUUAAGUUGACCAAGUCAAUAAGGAGGAAGGUGAGCAAACAUGCCAGCAUAGAAAGUGUGGAGGCAGUGAAGCCCAAAGCAGAGGAAAAGAAAGAAGACACACCAACCCAGUUAGCUUUGGCUCCAUACAUUCAAGGCUACAAUCCACAUCCUUAUUAUACUUCCUACUACUACUACUAACCAGUUUAUGAUUCAAACUCACAAAAUUGGUCCAUCAUGUGAUGUGAUUGUUUGAGUGAUACAAAAUCAAAUUCAUCAUCAGUUACAAUA